GCAUGUCCCGGUGUUAAUAAGGGAAUUAGAAUGAAAAAGGACGACGCGAUUGAGAUUUCUUUGUAAAAACUGAGAUGAGCAGUAAUAGAACGACUGGCAAAUUUUGAGAAACGCUGGACGAGCGCCGGAUUUCCAGGUUCCCCUAGACGAGGGUAAUUCAAAUCCUGGUCUUUGUGCGCUUGUGUAUUGUUUUCCUCGGUCGGCUGUAUGUCCUCUCCUGUUUCCCGAGUCAAAAUCACAAUCCGAACGCGCACAGCAGCAAUCCAAUUUCUUUUAAUCAAAACAUAACCGAUACUCGUAAAAUUCUCGAGGUCCACAAUUCACAGUGUUUCCUAUAGGAGUGCGUGAUAUACAAAACCUAAAACUCCGGACCAAUAACAGUUGGAGGGGAUCACCAAGUUCCAUUGAGAGCUCCUCCAUUACUAAAGCUUGUUUCUCAACCGGCCUCUUUAACAACCAAAUCCCCAAGAGUCCAGGAAUUCGUGAAUCAUCAUCUACUUGCAAAAACGGCGUGCACUUGCGAAGGCACCAGAGUUAUGGCAUCUGGGGCAGGAUCCAGUGGCACUGGAAGAGGACGCGGAUCAUCUUUGGCAGAUAACAAGCCUGAAAACAAAGAGGCUAAGCCAAAUCCAAAGAUGUCAAAAGCUUUAGGAACGUCUGCUAAAAGGAUACAGAAAGAAUUGGCAGAAAUUACAUUAGAUCCACCUCCAAAUUGCAGUGCAGGACCUAAAGGGGAUAAUUUGUAUGAAUGGGUUUCUACGAUUUUGGGUCCACCUGGAUCUGUUUACGAAGGCGGUGUCUUCUUUUUAGACAUUCAUUUUUCACCCGAGUAUCCCUUUAAACCCCCAAAGGUCACAUUUCGAACACGUAUUUAUCACUGUAACAUAAAUAGCCAAGGAGUGAUAUGUUUAGAUAUCUUGAAAGACAAUUGGUCUCCUGCUCUUACUAUUUCAAAGGUGUUGCUUUCAAUUUGCUCACUUCUUACGGAUUGCAAUCCAGCUGAUCCUCUCGUGGGUAGUAUAGCAACGCAAUAUCUUCAAAAUAGAGAAGAACACGAUCGCAUAGCUCGUCUUUGGACUAAGCGUUACGCGACAUGAGCGAGCAGGCAAGUUCCUCUUAAUUCCCGUCAGACUCGUGCAAAUUUUUUACCCGAUAAAUUCCUCCAUGAAACAAGACUCAGACUUAUUUUCAUUUUUAUGUUUGAGCAUUACAAAUAACACUUGGAACAUUUGGGAAUAACAAACAAAAUAAUAAUUUAAAAAAAAUAUAUAUAUAUAUUUUCUGUUGUUGCAUAUGUAAUGUGCCUAAAAGACAGACAAAUGCGCAACCAAACUGACAGAGACGAGUCAAAAGGACAACCCCCCUUCCCCUCCCUUAAAACAAACCUGCGGAGACUUAGAGUUUAAUUGAAUGUUUUUUUAGGUUAUUGACAAAUUUACAAUUUUAUUUGAGACAUCGUAAGAGUGGCUACAAACUAGUUUUUUUUAUAUUCAAUCGAAAUUAUCCAAGAGUUUGUGUAAAGAAACAGGUUUUUUCGUCCGUAACAAACAAAUUUCCUGACUCGAUUUCGGAGAGAAUUAUUCUAUUCAACUUUCUUUAGUUUCUUCCAUCUUCGAAUUCAUUGAUAUAGUUUUUCCAUUUGAUUCGAGUUAUAUUUUCAUUUGAUGAAUAUCAUACUUUUUUCUUAUGCUGGGAUUAUAAUUGCAAUUAAAAAAUGUUUAUUUUUAUUGUCAUCAGAAUUGAAUUUCAUUAUUAUUCAUGUCAAAGGCGAGGUUUUUAAUUAAUUUAAAACUCAUUAAGAUUUCUAGAAGCUAGAAUAAAAAGUAUAAUCGUAAACAGUGUUCUAAAAAAUAAAUUUCCUUAAAUAUUUUUAUGCUCUGAUGAAGAAUAAUAAUUUUGAGGCAAAAGAUUUUAAUUAAAAGGGAAUAACAAAAAAUUAUAUUUCGAUGAAAAUGAAAUUUUAUAAUUGCAUCCCUGGUGUGUAUAAUACUUGUUCAUGUCAUUGAUUCACACCUAACAGUAGAAAUUUCCCAUUUUUAUUCAUUAGUUUCUCACUUCAAUUUCAUUUCAAGUUCCUAUCAGUUUUUAUUUAAUUCCAUUUUUUCCCAUCUAUUUUAUUUAGUUUCCUCAUUAUAUUUUGUAAUUUUUCUAAAAAAAAAUUUCAAUAAUUAUUUCCCUCUUUUUAUGAUGGAAGAAACAUUCCGUGAAGAAAUGUUUGCUUUUCUGUGAUAGGCCAAAAAUUUUCGAGUCGACAAUCUCGAAUGAUUUAAAAGCAUUGAUAAAAGUUUUGGGUUUUUUUUAUCCUCCGAAGUGAAUCGUUCAAUUACUACUGAAAGAUACUUUGACAAUGUUUAUGUGGGGCCACCGCAGUAAAAAAAAAUCACUGUAAUUGUAAAUAACUAUUAUUUCUUGUAUAUUCUCGUUGAUAAAUAACGCCCAGCCAUGCGAAAUAGUAAUCUGGAUAUUUGUACGCUUUCUUUCAUUGUAACACUUGUGUAAGCUUUUGUAUAUGUAGGUUCGUAUGUCAUGUGUGAUUGAAUGUCAGUGAGCCACGAAGCAACGAAGCGCGAUUAUACUUUUCGGGAGAAAAAAAGAGGAAAAUAAAAAGAGAGAGAAGGAAAUAAGGUUUUUAAAAAAGUGGAGAAAAAUGAAGAAGAGGUAUUUCUAAAAAAAAGAAGAAAAAACGAAAAAAAUUGAUCUCUGGGAUCAAAAAGUAAGAAAAAAUAAUUUAUGCUUGGCACUGUUUGUCCGGAGACUCGAAUGCAGCCGAUUGAUUUUAAUGGACUAUUUUUUCUGGAAAAUAUUCUUUAAUGCUUCCACGUUAUUUUUGUAUAACGAGCGAUAGAGUUUUUUCAAAGCAAGGCGGACAAACCGACUUUGUAAAUAAUUGACUCUGUAAAUCGCAUAUAUAGCAAAAACUCGAUUAAACUUAGGUGUUUGUAAGAUAGCAAGUAAUUCUUAAAACUGAUUUAAAUCACUGAUCGCAUGAGUAAGUUUCCUUUGGACAGUUUUCCAAAAUUGCCAAUAAUUGACAAAAGGAAAGAAUCUCAAUCGCGUUCAGAAUCGUUGUAAAUAUCUCCCAAAGUCUGGAAUUAAUCUGUACUGAUAAAUGAGUACCUCCGUCAAUACUUCUUUUUUUCAAAUGAAUGAAUUAAUUAUUCUAUAGUUUGACUGAUUUUUGUUUUUAACAAUCUACACAUUAAAAUAAUAGCGCUCAUUUUUGUAAUUAUGAAAAAAAAAUUAUUUUUACCACUAUUUCUCUAUUGAUGAAUUUCACUACUAUAAAUCGGUAAUUGUUCCAUUAUACAUUUUUUAGACUAUUGAUCAUUAUUGUCUGAUAUUUUCGAUUUGAGACGUUUUUUUAAUAAAGAACAAUUAGAGUUUAUUUAAAAUUAAAUAAUUAAAUAACCCUUUUCGACCAAAUUCAAAAUUGAAGUAAUUUUUUUUAUAUCUUUUUUAACAGAUAUAUAUUUUUAAUUUAGUAAGAUUUUAUUUAUUUUAUAUGUAUAUUCUUAUAUUUUCGUUAUCCGAAAAUAUAAUUUUUUAUAACGCAUUUUGUUGUCCACAUAAUUUUGUAGCAAUUUAAGUACAACUAUUUACAAUUUAUAACUAUUUGUAUAAAGUUUUACAAAUUUUAUUAAAUUUAUAUUUAUAAAUAAUUUUUCUAUUUUCAUUUACAAUUCACGUAAACGUCUUGAUGGGUCGUGACAAUAAUGAGUAAUAGGAUAAAAAUUUUUAAUUUCUAUAUCAAAAGGUAGUCGAUAAGUUUUGAGGAGUAGAAGAGAAAAAAAAUUAUCGACAGUCCAGUGAAUGAUUGAGAGCGAUUCUGGCUUUUCAUCGAGUCUUUUAGAUUAUAAUGUUUCGUUUCAAUUGAAGCGACGAAUUUAGAAAUUAUAUAUGUAUAUUUAAAGAUAAGAAAUUCAAACUUACAUUACGGGAUUUUGUCACGUUUAUGAAAAUAUUUCACACACACAAAAAAUGUCUUGAAUUAACAAAAAAAAAAAAAAAAUCGCUUAGGAAAUAAAGGGGAAAUCCCGUGAAAAUUUAUAUUUCUUUUUUGAAAAUAAAAAAAUAUAUAUUGAGGAAAAGCGUCGAACUCGGAUUAAUGACUCUAUAUCUGGGAAGGAAACUACCGUUUUAUCUAUAUAUUAAAUGUGAAAAUCCUAAAAACACAGUUAGGGUGCUAAGAAUAAUUGUUCUAUAUUGCAGAGAUGUGAUUUAGGAUUUUUACUUCCGAUAAUGAAUCGAAUUGAUUAAAAAAAACAUGGAGCUACGAUACUUUUCUACUCAGGUACAGAUUUGUACAUAUUUUGAGGUAAAUUGAUAUUACAUGAGGUUGUCAUUUGUAAAGAGUAUAAUUAAGAAUUCGUGAUCAAUGGUUGAUUUUUGUUUAGUUCACGGGAAGAGGAUAUUCCUAAAAUAUUAAUGAUUUUAAGAAAAACGACUGGGAAAUUUUUUAAUCUCUAAAAAGUUGGUGAGAUAAGAUCUUGUGAAGAAGAUAAUUAAACAAAAAUUAUAUAUAUAAAUUAAAGCCUAGAUGAAAUAAUUUGCAAAAUUAGUUUUCGAUCCAGGCUUUGUACGUGUAAGAAUCUAAAGAAGAGAUUCAUUAACUUUAAAUUAUACAAUAGUGAAUGUUAGUCUGCUAGUUAGUGGCAUUCAUAAGAAGGUGAAAUAAAAGGUUAUAUACUCUA